CUAACAACAAACGCCAGAAAAAAAUAUUAACUCCACAUAUUUCUUCCUUAUUAUUACCAACUUCAAUUUUGUAUCGUUCAGUUUUCUCUCUUCUCCAAUUUCAGGUAUGGCAGAAGUAUCAGGAAUGUUUACAGUGCAACAAACAAUAGGCAGUGUAUUAUGUUGCAAAUGCGGAAUUUUGAUGCAACCAAAUGCUGCCAAUAUGUGUGCUAAAUGCUUGCGAUCUGAAGUUGAUAUAACAGAAGGCUUACAAAAACAUGUUGUGAUUAUCCAUUGUCCCGAAUGCGAUAGCUAUUUGCAGCCUCCAAGGAGUUGGAUCAAAGCACAGCUCGAAUCGAAGGAGUUACUCACCUUUUGUAUCAAGAGGUUGAAGAAUUUAAAUAAAGUUAAGUUGAUGAAUGCUGAGUUUAUUUGGACUGAACCUCAUUCCAAAAGGAUUAAUGUUAGGCUUAGAGUCCAAAAAGAGGUACUAAACGGAGCUGUUCUUGAACAAACAUACACCGUUGAGUAUGUUGUUCAAGACCAAAUGUGUGAAUCUUGUUCAAAGGUGCAAGCUAACCCUGAUCAAUGGGUGGCGGCUGUGCAGCUUAGACAGCACGUCUCUCAUCGAAGAACUUUCUUCUAUUUGGAGCAGCUCAUUCUUAAGCACGAGGCUGCAAAUCGUGCCAUAAAAAUUCAACAGUUGGUUCAGGGAAUUGAUUUCUUCUUUGCACAUAGAAGUCAUGCUUUGAAGUUUGUGGACUUUGUGAGUCGGGUGGUACCUGUUCGGAGCCGAAAUGACAAGCAACUUGUAUCUCAUGAUCACAAGAGCAAUAACUUCAAUUAUAAGUACACAUUCUCCGUAGAAAUCUGCCCGAUUUGUCGUGAGGAUUUGAUAUGUCUCCCUCCAAAAGUGGCCGCUAGUUUAGGAAAUGUCGGUCCUCUUGUGAUCUGCACCAAAGUGAGCAACAGUAUCGCUUUACUAGAUCCAUUUACUUUGAGGCAUUGUUUCUUGGAUGCUGAUCAGUACUGGAGGGCGUCGUUUAAGCCUUUGUUGUCUAGUAGACAGCUCGUCGAGUAUGUAGUUUUAGAUGUUGAUGUGGUUUCUGAAGAAGUUAAUAUCGGGGGCUCGAAGUAUGUUUUAGCUGAUAUUCAAGUGGCUCGUGUAUCUGAUUUCGGGAAAAAUGAUACUAUGUUCUCCGUAAGAACACAUCUAGGCCAUCUUCUAAAUCCCGGAGACUAUGCCCUCGGUUAUGAUUUAUAUAGAGCAAAUAAUAAUGAUAUUGAGUUAGACAAAUACAAAGGUCUUGUCCUUCCUGAGGUGAUAUUAAUUAAGAAAAGCUAUGAAGAGAAGCGCCAAAAGAAACGUGGGAAGCAUCGAUCUUGGAAGCUUAAGUCGCUUAAUAUGGAAGUCGAUAACUCUGGCAAGGGUAGAGAUCAGGAACAAAAGUUGAACUCAGAAUAUGAACAAUUCUUGAGAGAUUUAGAGGAGAAUCCUGAUCUGAGGUUCAACAUAUCAUUGUAUCGUAAUAAGGAAUAUCAACGAUCGGAAGUCACAUCUAUUGCUGAUGGAGAAGAUGUUCCUUCUAUUCCUUUGGAGGAGUUACUUGCUGAUCUUGAUCUUAGUGAUAUUGAUGUUGAAGAAGAUUGCAUAAGGGAGUGAACUGCAGACUCGUGAAUUGGAAGCGGAAGUUGAAGUUUGUCCCUGAAGCUCGUCUUAUUUUGUCGUACAAGUCAGUGCCUUCGUAAAUUUUGGGUUCUAGUACUAGUACAACUAGUUCUUGUUAUUUCAAUAUAAUGAUUAUCUGAUGGCUAUUUCCAUCUUAUGGCAUUUGAUUGUUCCCUUCUGAACGUUCCCUUACUAAUGUUCGUGUCUGUUAUGCCUAAAUGCCUGCUUUAUUUUGGUUGGCUUCAUGUGAUUUAGCUGUAUUAUGUGAACAAAUUAUGGUUACUCCAAUAUUAUAGACCAAAAGGUAAUGUUUUGGAAGUGUGUGUAACUGGGAUCUCACUGUCGAUGACUGGAAAUUAGUUCUCUUGAUUUUUCCUAAAAACCAAAUCCGAGGAAACAAUAGCCACAGUAUUGAAUAGAAUUUUGGGAGUGUUUCCGCCGUAUUUGAUGCAGUUCAGCAACUGAAUUUCCAUUCUUUAGAUGGUUUAUAUGUCAUAUAAGAGUGAUUUUUCGAUGUACUUCACAAUGAAUUGAGAAUUGGGAGAUGAAUGCCUUAUGCGGAAACGAAAGGAAUUGAAGCAGAAACUGGAAGUUUCUUGUUCUUCUGAAACGCCAGAAGCUCUCUUUUCAUCAGAACUGUCAUCAUAUGUCUCUCACCAUUAGUACACUUCAAACAAGUACACACAAGCUACAACGGUGGACGAGACCUCAGUGCCACAUGACCUUGAGGGGGAAUUGCAACAGUUCCAGGAAACACAGUCAAUAUUUAUACAAUGCCGGCUACAAGAGAAUAGAAGAUAUAAACUGUAUUCACCUUCUCAGCAUAAUCAAGGAUUGCUAGAUUCCCGACAGCCAUUGCCAUCAUGGUAAUACAUUCCAAGGAUUUGGUAAGGUUUCAAGACAUCUGAACUGCAAUUGCGAGUGAACAACAGUAUUGCUGAAGUUGCACGUGUCUAUAUAUAAAUGAGAUAGUAUUAGUAUGCAAUGAUAUGUAUUUGCAAUGGACAAGUGUGAAAAGUUAGGAGUUCAAAGUGCUUAAAAGCUGUAAAAUUAGGCCAACCUUAAAAGGUGGUAGCUAAAAAAGGAUACAGAGAAGAAGAUGUGAAGUACCUGCAACCUGGGAUUGUCAAAAUCAUCUAAAACUUCUAGCAAAGCUGGGAGGAUCUGUUGAUGAUAUUGCUCUUGAAAAUGAGGGUUCAGAUACUUUGAUA